GGGAACGCGCAAAGCCUUUAUAAAGUGCCAACAUUUGGGGGAAGAGUCACAGAACACCUUUGAGUGUCGAAAAGGAACGCAAGUGUGGAUUAUCUGAGAAUCAUGAAAUUUAUUUUGGUGUUAGCCAUCCUUUCGCUGGGACAAGCCGCAGAGGUGCCCCAAGCCACGGAAGCCACAACGACAACCACGGCGGGGAAGUCCCAGCAAACUGAGCUGCCCGCUCACAUCCAGAACCUGAUAACCAGCCACGUCAAUCAUGUGCUCCAGCACAUAAAGAACAAACCUCAGGGCUCGAACACAUUGACUGGGCCGGUGGAUUGGAAUGGGAGUGGGAGUGGGAGUGGCGCGCCAGUGGUCAAGCCCUAUCCAGAUCUCCUUCCACCAUUGGCACACUCUGGUGAUGUCCUUGCCACUCCCCCUGCCAACCGCCCAGAGGUUGCACCUGCGUUGCAAUCUGGCCUACAGCCGGUGCAAGCUGGCCAUCCACAGGUGAGGGUUACCAAUCACCAGGCCACCGGUACUCUGAUCCACCAAGGAAGGCCGGUGGUGCAGAACAAGGUGGUGAUGCCGCCGGUGGAGCAGGUGGUGCUCCCGCUGCCCGGUCAAGAACCCAUCGAUGUGGCCGAAAAGCUCCAUAAACUGCAUCAGCAUGUGACAAAGGUGAUGCAACAGGCUGAGAAGCAAAUUCCUUUGGCUGUGAACCAAGCAAUUAAACAAAAGAAGGAACAUCAAGCGCAGAAAGAAAAGGAGCAGCUCCAAAAGGAUAAGGAAAGUAGCAAGGAACACGAAAAAGACAAGGAAGAUAAGGGGGAUCAUAAGGAUCAGGAGUCAUCCGAAACCACUCCCCAUCCAAGUGCAUCCAAAACGGGUCGCGCUCUAGUAAUUCCCGACAAAGUAUCCAAUAUAGUCAACAAAGUCCAUGCCCACAUCCCCCAACUGAUUUCCCUGCAUCGCGAGGAAAUGAAACUGGGAAAAUGUAAUUUCCAGUGUCCCAAAGCAGCUUUAUCCGUAUGUGCCAGCAAUGGCAAGUGUGUGGUCAAUUUUCCAGGCCAAUGUGAACUGAGUCAAUGGAACUGCUUCAACACCAAGAACGUUUUCCACCAGGUGCACGAUGCCGAGUGCCAGAACACAAUCACGUGCUAUCAGAGGGAUAUGAUGUAACCUAUCCCGGGGGAGGCGAAGCAAUUACUCAAACGAAUUUACAUAAUAUUCCAAGACAAAUAUGAAAACUUAAACUUAAAUUCAAAA